GGGAUGACACGUCAACGUCACGCGCAUGGCUUGACACUAGACACCAGAAACUCUCAGCUGACCUGAGCGGGCACCCAAAUUACAUCGUUCUCUCAACGCCUACCACUACAUUUUUACUCCUCUGUCCUAAUGGGCUCGAUUCUCAGUCAUACGUCGUUCGAAUGGGCUGUUGCAGCCGGCAUCGCAGGGGCUGCAGCCUAUGGGUACCUCACGUACUCCAACUCAGGCGCACCUGGCAGUAUCUCUGAACACGCAACCACUGGUGGAAAAAGUGCGAAAGCUAAGAAGAAGAAACAGACACCGAAGAAUGCCGGUGUCUCAGAACCUUCUGAGAAGCCCGUGAGCACCACCAUCUCUGCCACCUCUGCCACCACCGCCACAGUAACGUCCGCGCAAGGCGUUUCCGUGCCUGAACCUACCAUCGUUCCAUUUCCGCAUGUUAUCCCCGGCGAAUUUAACGCCGUGCAACCUAGCUCGGACGACCAAGGUUUUGAGGCGAAAAAGGACAAGACGAAGAAGAAGCAAAAGAAGAAGCAGAAGCAGAAAGAAACGGGGGCGGUUCCUGAUGUUGCAUCUGAACGACGGACAUCGCAGUCAGGCGGUGAUACUCCCGGAACAUCCUUUGAUAUCCCAAGCGGAAUGUCCUCUCCUAAAGAGGAAGAGAAACUGCGCUCGUCUCAAAUACGGUCUUCUUCUCCGUCAUUUGAUACUGAUUCCUCGUGGACGCGGAUAGACACCCGUCAGAGGACAGCACGAGGCGUCAAGACCACAGCUGCAUCGGUACUUGCGAUAACAACGGAUAUGACGAGCAGUGACGUGGGUCCGUCGACCGGCGAUUCUUCAGUUGCCGAGGCUGCAUCUGCUAGUGCGGACGCAGGCACCAGGGGAGAUAACCGUCGAACGCUGGCUGAAAAGCUUCUGCCCAAACCGAGGAAGACCGCCGUCGAUGAUAUGCUCGAACGCCCAGAUUAUCCUGGUUUAGCGCGUGUUAUGCGUGUCCAUCCUCGGGCCGAUGAAGCGCCCGCACCAGGAUUUUCCUGGAAGGAUUAUGAGGAUGUGGAUGACGGCAGUAAUACAUUAAAUGAUGCAGAUGGGGAGGGCGAAGGCGAAUGGGGCAUUGUCAAGGGGAAGGGUCGUUCGAAAACUUCACGGCCCCCGACUACGUCCUCGCAGUCUGUACAAAAAGCCCCAGAGGGAGGACUAACACAGAAACAGCGGCAGAAUGCAAGAAGAAAUCAGCUGGUGAAAGCUGCUAAAGCAGACGCUGAGGCGGAGCGACAGGCAAACCUCACCGAACGUCAACGUGCUCGGGAGCGUGAGCAGAUAAUUGAUCAAUCACACCGCGGAGGAGGUAAGCAAACUAGCGGUGGCAUGCAAGCUUUUGUCAAUAGCCGGGGGAAGUUAGUAUAUGACUAGGGUAAUUGCACCACCCGACUGCAGCAGUCUACAUGAGACCAUAGUGAUCUGUCUGGAGACAUUUACUUAUGCUUAGGAUAGGCUUAGUAGACUCGUGGUAUUACUAGAAUACAAAU